AAAAGAAAAAAAAAAAAACUAACCAAAUGCUUUGAUGGUAUAAGAACGCAGAAAAGGCUUCGUGGAUGUUCAGUUUCAUUGCUCAUUUGUGCCGAGAAACAACGCCACGUGCAACAAGGGCGAACUUCAAGUCGCAACCUCAUCGCGAUGACCGUGACAACGUUUCGUGCUCCACUUUAUUUUAUAACGGUACUCGUUUUAACCUCUUGGAUUUCUUUCAUCUACCCAGCUCAUGCUGCUUCUGAUUCAACACGGAGGAGCUCCAGGCAUUCAAAACUGCCUUCAACUGUGCUCGAAGAUUUCGUCACGGGUACAACGCACAAAGGAAUUGAGAAUCACGAAAACAUGUUAGAUCGAAGAUUGCAAGAGCGCAAACUAACGCAAGAAGAGAUGCGGAUCAUCGAAUCAUUCGUUGGCCUCGGUUUCAAAAGCCUCAUCGACGUAAUGACAGCCGUUGCCAAUGUGUUAAACGCCAGGACUAAUAUAGACGGAGUUGAUCGAUUUAUGAAAUCGUUUAAUUCGCUUUUCGCCUCAACCGGGGGCAGCUCAUUAAAUCAAUAUUAUUUUCUGAUAGCCAACUUUUGGGUAAUUUACGAUGCAAUGGCAAUGAUUUUCCGUGCAUGGGAAAAUCGAAUUGCUGAAAGAAAAGACAAUGUUGAAGCUCAAGAAGCACAGGAAGAAACGAAUAACGCUAUUGAGGAAACAUUAGCUGCUUUACAGGAAGCCAACACGCAACUGACUUCAUUGAAGGAUAACCUAGCCGAUUUGAUCCGCCGUCAAGAUAUUGCAAGAAGCGGCGUUGAUGGAAAGCGAACUGCUUCAAAGAGAAAAAUGGAAAUUUCUUCGUCUUUCGAUGGCACGGAAGACAAAAACAACAAUGAAUAUGAGGAAGAGGUCGAAGAGGAAAACUCGGUGGAGCCUUUCACAUCGGAAGAGGCGGUUUCUUUUAGGUACGAGCAUAACGACGGCGGAAGAGCUGACUCUAACGUUCCACCGAAUCAAACAUUUAACGAGAAUGUCAUCCCCGACUGAAUGAAAAUAUCGUAAGAUUAGUUGGAUUUUAGGUAUUUAAAUCGCCGCGUUACACAGUUAUCAAGUCAGUGCGGAUAACGUAACUUAACGUGAUGUUUGACGAUAUGCUUCACGUUCUAGCUAGCAAAGCAUCUCACAAUUGUCUCUCACGAUUCAAUAAUUUACGCAAUACAGUGAUAAAUUAUUUUGCAUUCAA